AUCUUCCUGCUCUCCUCCUCUCCCCCCAGGCUGGUGCGCGAGUUCGUGGCUCAGAACAACACGUCUCAGAUCAAGCACGUCAUCCAGAUCCUGUCGCAGGAGUUCGCGCUCUCCCAGCACCCCCACAGCCGCAAAGGGGGGCUCAUCGGCCUGGCCGCCUGCUCCAUCGCCCUGGGCAAGGACUCCGGGCUCUACCUGAAGGAGCUGAUCGAGCCGGUGCUGACGUGUUUCAACGAUGCUGACAGUCGGCUGCGGUACUACGCUUGUGAGGCCCUCUACAACAUCGUGAAGGUGGCCAGAGGCUCCGUCCUCCCGCACUUCAACGUGCUCUUUGAUGGCCUCAGCAAGCUGGCUGCUGAUCCUGACCCGAAUGUCAAAAGUGGCUCCGAGCUUCUAGACCGGCUUCUCAAGGACAUCGUGACGGAGAGCAACCAGUUUGACUUGGUGGGCUUCAUCCCGCUGCUGCGUGAGAGGAUUUACUCCAACAACCAGUACGCCCGGCAGUUCAUCAUAUCCUGGAUCCUGGUCUUAGAGUCUGUGCCUGACAUCAACCUCUUGGAUUACCUGCCAGAAAUCCUGGACGGGCUCUUCCAGAUCCUGGGAGACAACAGCAAAGAAAUACGGAAGAUGUGCGAGGUGGCCCUCGGGGAGUUCCUCAAGGAGAUCAAGAAGAAUCCUCCCAGCGUCAAGUUCGCAGAAAUGGCCAAUAUCCUGGUGAUCCACUGCCAGGCCGCGGACGACCUGAUCCAGCUGACGGCCAUGUGCUGGAUGAGGGAGUUCAUCCAGCUGGCUGGCCGGGUGAUGCUGCCCUACUCCUCGGGGAUCCUGACUGCCGUCCUGCCGUGCCUCUCCUACGACGACCGCAAGAAGAACAUCAAAGAGGUGGCAAACGUGUGCAACCAGAGCCUGAUGAAGCUCGUCAUCCCGGAGGACGAUGAAAUGGAUGAGGCCAAGCAGGUGACAGCCCCACCGGCGGAGCCAGCCUCAGAGGAGCCCGUCCCUGAGCCAGAGGCAGCGUCUAGCGGCUCUCUGGAUGCAUCUGGUGACUCCAGCGUGACCAACACCGGUGUCUUCCCCACGACCAGCUCUGAAAGGAUCCAGGUGACCCUGAACCUCGAUGGAAUAGUUCAGGUGCUGGACUGCCACCUUCACGACACCUCCAUUGGGAUGAUGACCAGGAUUGCGGUCCUGAAAUGGCUCUACCACCUCUACAUCAAGACUCCUCGGAAGAUGUUCCGACACACCGACAGCCUCUUCCCCAUACUGCUGCGGACCCUCUCGGACGAGUCGGAUGAGGUCAUCCUGAAGGACCUCGAGGUGCUGGCCGAGAUCGCCUCAUCCCCGGCGGGGCAGACAGAGGGGCACGGCCCCUCCGAGGCCACUGACCCGCGCCCCGGCCAGGGGGAGCUGCACAUCCCCGUCAGAAACAGCCAGCUGAGCGCCUCGGGUACGAAAGGCUUGGAGUGCUCUCCCUCCACCCCCACCAUGAACUCCUACUUCUACAAGUUCAUGAUCAACCUGCUCAAGCGCUUCAGCAGCGAACGGAAACUCCUGGAGACGCGAGGAGCCUUCAUCAUCAGGCAGCUUUGUCUACUUCUGAACGCAGAAAACAUCUUCCACUCCAUGGCAGACAUCCUCCUUCGGGAAGAGGACCUCAAGUUCGCCUCCACCAUGGUGCACACCCUGAACACCAUCCUGCUCACCUCCUCUGAGCUCUUCCAGCUGAGAAACCAACUGAAGGACCUGAGGACGCCGGAGAGCCGCAACCUGUUCUGCUGCCUGUACCGGUCCUGGUGUCACAACCCGGUGACAACCGUGUCCCUCUGCUUCCUCACCCAGAACUACAAGCACGCCUACGACCUCAUCCAGAAGUUCGGGGACCUGGAGGUCACCGUGGACUUCCUCACCGAGGUGGACAAGCUGGUGCAGCUCAUCGAGUGCCCCAUAUUCACCUAUCUCCGCCUGCAGCUGCUGGACGUGAAGAACAACCCCUACUUGAUCAAGGCGCUGUACGGCCUGCUGAUGCUGCUGCCCCAGAGCAGCGCCUUCCAGCUCCUGUCCCACCGGCUGCAGUGCGUGCCCAACCCCGAGCUCAUGCAGAGCGCGGACGGCACCAGGGCGAGCGCGGGCUCCAAGAGGUCGGCGGCCUCCAACAUCGACUACACGGAGCUGCUGCAGCACUUCGACAAGGUGCAGCACAAGCACCUGGAGGCGCGGCACCAGCGAGCCGGGCGUGCGGAGCAGCUGGAGCGGCGCGGCGUCCUCUGAGCAGCCCCGCGCAGCCGCCCGUGGGCACGGUUGCAGCGCUUGGGGCAGGGACCAGGGCACGGGGACAGCGGGUCCCGAGCACCUGGUGGUUUUAAGGGCAGAGGGAGAUGGGCGAGCGCUCGGCGCGGGGCUGGUUUUUUCCCCCUCCGUGCUGCCUUACGCGCGGUGGGACCCCCAGGCUGUGCCCGGCGUGGCCGGGAGGAGGAGAGGCCGCGGGGAAGGCGCUGACUUCUCCUGCAGCAGGGCGAGCAAACUCCCCUCCGCUUCGCUAAUGCCUUCCCCGUGACCGUCAGCUGAGAGCACAGCCUCCUGCCAGAGGGACCGGAGGGGAGGAAACGCACGGGGCAGGGAAGGAGGGAGCAAAUGGGGUCCUCCCCGCCGCGAAAACGAGCACGGGCACCCGCGCUCCCACCCACAGGCUGUCACGGCCCCGGGACCCCCGCACCCCCUGAGCCCUGGGCACGGCCGGCAGCGCAGCCUUAACCCCGCGCCGGGCGCGGGUGCGGUGGAGGAGCCCCCCCUCGCUCCGCGCCCCCCGCAUCCCUUCCUCCUUCCUAUCGCGAGCUCCCCGCGACAAAAUAAAGAGAGCAAAGCAGA